ACACCACCGCUUCUCCUCCCACUCUUAUAAACCCUCCUCCUAGCUCACUGGUGUAGGCAAUAGCAGCUACAUUUCAGCAAACAGAUGGCAGGCAGAUUGGGAAGAAGAGUAAUAAACUUCGCAAACCUCCCCAUAAAACUCCUGAUGCCUACAACAUACACAAAUAUCUCUGAAAUCGCACUAAAAACAAUCCCUUCAGCCUCCAAAAUCGAAAUCAAGCGCGUCCUCGAAUCGCUCUACGGCUUCGACGUCGAAAAGGUACGCACUCUUAACAUGGAAGGAAAAAAGAAGAAACGCGGCGGAUUCCUAAUCGCCAAGCCUGACUAUAAAAAAGCAUACGUCACGCUUAAAACUCCCCUCUCGAUUUCGCCCCAUUUAUUUCCGAUUAGAGUUAUUGAGGAAGAGAGGGCGAAAAUGAGUAAGAAGGCACCGGAGAGUAGUUUUGUUGAGGAUAAUAAGAAUCACUGGCUUCAUGACAAGAAGAAGGAAAGUGUCGGCGGCGGCAGCGGAUGGCGCGGCGGUCGUGGUCGCGGUGAUGUGGCGACUGAGAAGGCUAAGUUUCCUUGGAGCAGCAUGAGGAGCUCCACUGCUAAUUCUAGGUAGUGUAGAUUUUCGGGUUUUAUUUUAAUUGAGAAAUGAGAAAUGUUGGUUGAUUUUGGUAAAUUCUGGUUUACUAUGAUUAUUUGUGUUGGAUAUUAUCGGAUUUAAUUUGAUUGGUGCUGCUGAGAUAUUAUAUAACAUGGGAAUAAUGGUGUUCUUACAUUGAUGGUAGCUA